AUGGACCACCACGCUAAGCCGGGAAAGGCAAGACUAGAGUUAGGGUUCCUGGCGGUUCCCGACCAUCCCGUGACCUGGCAACUCAUUAUCUGCUUCCUCCUUGUUAUCAUCCCCCUUCUCAACCACACGGCGCAGACGAUGGGCUGGGUCGGAGCCGCCACGCUGAUCGCGACCGCCUGCUAUCUACUCUAUCGUCACCCUCCUUCCACAUGGACCUCGGACCCCAUUCCUCCAUCAGCGCCGGUGGAACCGUCCUCUGAGCCGCCACGCUCGACCGCGACCAAAGAUGCGACAUCCAACACCAUUAGAAGCGCUUCGAAUGCGCCAGACAAUGAGGGCGACAUUCAAGACUCCCAAUCCACACCCAAAGCAUCGGCAUCGAAUGCGCCUGCGCUGGAAGUCCCGACCCUGAACCUGGGGAACGAGAGCAAUGCCGAGUCAUCCUCCAACGCAUCCAUUCCCAUUCCUGCGAGUCCCUCCGCAACCAACGGUGUCGAGAAUACCCCUCCAAAUAUCCUUAUGCCGCCACCACCACCGCCAUCGCAACCUUCCAGCGGAAGUAGUUCGUCGCUGAUGCCUCCUCCGCCGCCGCCUCGCCUCCGUCCGACUCCGCAACAACAGGCCCCCUCUCUCCUCGCACCGCCCAGAGCCUACCCUCCUCGCCCGAAACCCCCCACGGGCAAUGCGGCGCUCCGCCCGCCACCGUCCGCAGCGGCGAACGCGCGCGCGCGCCCCAGCACCGGUCUCGCGCCGCCCGCGACACCCUCAGUCAAGCCGGCAAACAACACGUCGAAGCGGGGCGGUGCUUGA